GAAGUGAGAAAAUGAAAAUGUUAUUUAAAGGACAUAGCAGUCGUCUAGAAUUACUCAUUGAGAAAAUUCAUUCAAAUAAGGAAAGCUUUUAUCAAGACUCAGAAAUAUCUGGCAGUAGUUCAUCAGAAAUACAACCAUCAAAUAAUGAAAACAUAACAGAUCUAAGCUUAGAAUCCCCCAAAUCCCAGAAUAUUUCUGAUAGUGAAGAGGAUCGCGAUUUAGACGACUCCUAUAAAACAGAACACGAUGACCUUAUAAAGGAUCCAGAUAGUACAUUUCUUCAAUUCUCUUGUCCCUACUGUCCAAGGCAAUUCAAACACAAAAGGUCAAAAGAUCGGCACAUUAAACUCCACACAGGUGACAAAAAAUAUAAAUGUGUCCAGUGCGACUCCGCUUUUGCCAGAAGCGAUCACUUAAAGAUUCAUAUGAAAACUCACGAUGUUAGAAAACAAUUUAAAUGCAAUAAGUGCAACAAGGGCUAUAACACUCUGACUGCUUUUAGUUUUCAUGAAAAAUCCCACAAACAUGAUGCCGAAAGUUUAAAAAUUGAAAGUGGCGCUGAAGAAUCUGAAGAGUUCGAUUUAUCACAGAAGCUUGACGAUUCACAAAAAUCUGAAGAGGUUAUACGGAUCGAGCCAUCUAAUGGUCUAAAGCGUUCACAGGAAAACAUGACAAAUCCUCGGUUUUCGAUAAAAAAAUAUCACUACGAAAACCCUCUUAGUUGUCCAGAAACGUUCAUUUGUUCAUGCUGUUACGAACGUUUGCCAAAUUUUAAAAGUUUCCUUAUCCAUAUGGAAUCUCACGUUCCUGCCAUUCAAAAUAAGAGUAGCUAUGACUGCGAGGAAGAAGCAAGUGAUUUGCUGAUAAAUUGCUUAAGUGCAUCAUCCAUGGUGCCUUUGAAUAAUACGUUGUGCUGCUGUUACUGUAAUAAAUUUUUUGAAGAUAAUGGAAAGCUUCAGGAACAUCUUAUCGAGUUCCAUGUAACUACUUUAUUAAAAUGCUCGUUGUGCAUGAAGAUUUUUGAAGAUAUGACUUUAUUAAAGGCACACAUGAAAGCAAACCAUAUGAGUACAAAAGAUCAUUUUGAAUGUAGCUGUGGUAGUGAACCAAAGCUUUUUCAUGAUAAAGCUUCAGCUGAACUUCAUUGGUCCAAAUAUCACGCUUUAAGCCAAUCUGAUAAUAAUCAAGAUAAUGUUACCAUGGAAGCUAAAGAACUCAGAAUAAGAGAGGAUUAUCUGGAUAGGGUAUCUAAAAAUAGUACUGGUAUAGCAAGCCAUCAUCGAUGUUUAUACUGCAAGGAGUUUUGUAAAUCAAAAAAUGAACUUCAGUUACACCUUCGGUCUCAUCAAGUAUCUGAAAAAUCCAGACAUAAGUGCAACAUUUGUGAUGAAACCUAUAGUUGUUCCACUGAACUUGCUAGUCAUAAGCUAGUUCAUUGCAAAAUAGUUGAAGGUAAUAUCUGCGUAUCUUGCAAAACUAUAAUAAUGGAUGAGGAGUCAUUUGUAAAGCAUCAACUAAAGCAUAAUGACAAUUCCAGAACUUCAGCUAAAUUAAACAUAAUCCUGCCAUCAAUUUGCAUCAUCUGUGGGCAAACUUUGCAAAGUGACAGGGAGAUUGAACUUCAUGCAAAGUUUCAUUUAAAGUUUCUAAGUGAGCAAGCUAAGACUAGAAUAUCAGAGCCCACUUCACAAGAGGAACUGUGUUAUUCUAGCAACGGUAAAACUCAAGACGUCACAUCUGUAAUUGACAGCGCAUUAGAGCUUCAAUGUCACCUUUGUAAAAAAUCUUUUAGCACAAAGGAAACAUUACAAAUACACCUUAUAGAACAUAAUUUUUUUGGCAUUAACCAGUUUACGUGCUAUGUUUGUUCAGCAGUCUUUACGGGAGCGGCAAGACUUCAGAGUCAUCUUCUGGCACAUAAUUUAGCUGAAAAACCUUAUCAGUGCCCACAGUGUUCUAUAAGUUUCUUUUUUAGAGCGGAAUUAGACAACCACAAAUAUUUGCACACUUUUAAGUUUCAAUUUGACUGUUUAAGUGAUGAAUCGAUAAUGCAAGCGCAGCAUUUUACCAAUGUGUGGGCCUCGAGCGAUGAUUCUGAUGCACGUUAAACCUUAGCCGCUGGUUUUUCUACUUUUGUUGAGUUUUUAAUU